AUCGCCAUGUUCGCCCGCACGCCCGUCAAGACGAUGGCCGCCCAGGCCUCGCGCAGCAUGUCUGCGUCCGCCAAGGUGUGGAUCAACAAGGACACCAAGGUCAUCUGCCAGGGCUUCACCGGCAAGCAGGGCACGUUCCACUCGCAGCAGGCCAUCGAGUACGGCACCAACAUGGUGGGCGGCGUGACCCCCAAGAAGGGCGGCUCCACGCACCUGGGCCUGCCCGUGUUCAACACGGUGGCCGAGGCCAAGCAGGAGACGGGCGCCGACGCCUCCGUCAUCUACGUGCCGCCGCCGUUCUGCGCCGCGUCCAUCAUCGAGGCCAUCGAGGCCGAGAUCCCCCUCGUCGUGGCCAUCACGGAGGGCAUCCCGCAGCAGGACAUGGUCAAGGUCAAGUGGCACCUGCGCAACCAGAACAAGACGCGCCUCAUUGGCCCCAACUGCCCCGGCAUCAUCAAGCCCGGUGAGUGCAAGAUGGGCAUCAUGCCCGGCUACAUCCACCAGAAGGGCAAGAUCGGCAUCGUGUCCCGCUCGGGCACCCUGACCUACGAGGCUGUGGCCCAGACCACGGCCCUGGGCCUCGGCCAGUCCACGGUCAUCGGCAUUGGCGGCGACCCGUUCAACGGCACCAACUUCAUCGACUGCCUCGAGCGCUUCACCAACGACCCCGAGACCGAGGGCAUCAUCAUGGUGGGCGAGAUCGGCGGAUCCGCCGAGGAGGAGGCGGCCGAGUGGCUCAUGGCCCACGGCGACCCCAACAAACCCGUGGUGAGCUUCAUCGCCGGCACGACGGCUCCCCCCGGACGCCGUAUGGGCCACGCUGGCGCCAUUGUUUCGGGCGGCAAGGGUACGGCUGCCGGCAAGUUCGCCGCUCUGGAGGCCGCUGGCGUCGCUGUCACGCGAUCGCCCGCUCGUCUGGGUGCGACGCUGUUCGAGGAGAUGAAGAAGCGGGCUUAAAGCACCAGUAGCCUGGUUCAUUAACGGAAGGAGAGCGCGAGGAUCUAACUGCAGCGGCCACGGACAGGAGAUUGGACAUGGCGAGGCUUCCAGCCACUUGGUAGCUGGAUACGAAAGGUCGAGUUGUCUGCUCGCUGUGCGUCGCUGGUAGCGGCACUCGCUCCUCCUCUGAUUUAGUCACGUUAAACUACAAGAAAACAAGAGCUUGAAACACU